UCGAGACAACAAACGCGAGCAAGCAUGGGGCCACGGCACGUGCUCGUGACGAUUCCCGCAUCCAAUUACUGCGAGAAGGCGCGAUGGGGGCUACGCGUUGCCAAGAUCGAUUUUGUGGAAGAGAUGCAUGCCCCCCUUUUCCACUACAUGUCCACGAAACCCAAAGGUGGGAAGAGUGUGCCGUUGCUGGUGACGUCGCCUUCGACGUGCUUGAAGGACAGCGACGCCAUUCUCACUCUGUGCGGGACUGCUUUGCCGUCGUUGUAUCCACAUCCAGGCGUGAAAGAAAAGGAACUGUGGUUUGACAACCAAUUUGGUCCUGCCGCCCGACGCUUUGGGUAUGGGUUGGUAUUUUCCCUCCCACCUUCCGUGGCAAAAGGCAUCAUCAUUGACCCCAUUCAGGGCACUAUUGAGUCAUACGCGGCGUCGGCAGCAUUUCCCUUGCUCAAGUCAGCGCUCACAAAGGCGCUCAACAUCACGGAACAAGGGGUGGAGCGAUCGUGGACAAAAAUACAAUCCACUUUCAACGCAGUCAACGAUAUCUUGGGCGACAAACCGCUCGGAGCGCAGUUUGUGGCCGGAACGUCAUUUACGGCGGCAGACAUUUCGUUCUGCUCUCACGCGUCGUUGAUCUUGGCGCCACCCCAGAAUCCAUUUCUCGCGCAGUACAUCAACAUGUCGGAGGCCCCCCGGCAGUACCAAGAUCGUCACAAAGAACUGGUCGAGUCCAAAGCCGGCCAAUUUGUCUUGUGGUGCUACGAAAACUACUACCUUCGUGCGCCAGUCCAUCACACGGCAAAGCUGUGAUGCGACCCACAGGAAAUGCGGUACACCACUGAAUUGAGUGUGGAAGCACAUGCGCAAAGUCAAUGUUUGCAAUGACCAACCAACCCUACGAAAAUCAAGCACAAAUUCUUCAAUUUAAUCCCUUAUCUGCUGCAUGUGGACGCUGGAAACCGGUCGAUGCGUGAAAGAACGUGUCGAA